CUGUCGGCAGCUCGCUUCGAUCUCAGUCCGUCUCAGGGACCAGCGGCCCUGUUGCAGAAAACUGGUUACGCUUCCUCCUGUGUGACAGCCCAACUAUGGGGCAGAACCUACAGCCAGAGGGGCCUGGAGAUGGCAGUGGUGGCCAAAAGCAUUCAGAGAGGUCUGCGGAGGACUCAGCACUAGAAAAAGGCAUCUAUGCAAUUGUGGACAGCUUCUACAAGUACGCCAAGGGCCAGGCUGAGGCAAAGGCCUUAGACCAAGAGGCUUUCCAAAGCCUGCUCAGCAAUGAGUUAAGCCAUCAGCUCACGAACACGGAGAUCAAGGAGGCCGUGAAAGGCAUGUUUGACAUGUUAGAUGCCAACAAAGACCAGAAGAUCUCCUUUGAUGAGUACUGGCAACUCAUCACAUGGAUUUGCCAAGUGAUCAGGCACCGUGACUACAGCGCCUAGUGAUGGGGGAGAUUGUUUGAGGCAUAUGACUGGCCAGGAACCUCCCCAGUCCUGUAUCCUUUGCCCUAAAAAGUGUCAAAGCAAACCAGUACCUCCCAUCCCAGAACAUCCCACCUGCUAAUCCAUACAGCCUCUCUCCUAGAGACUCCUAGAGCUCUGCCUGCCAGCUGGGAUGCAUCCAUGAUUUCCCUCCCAGCCUGGGAUCAUCAUGCUGAGGAGACUUCUCAAAUCACCCUCCACUGCCUGCAUUCCUUGUGCCUCCCUCUCUGCCAGAAUCCUUCCAAUUAUUGCCCUCCUCCCUGCCACAGGACUUCCUCUCUGACCCCCCUCCUCCUCUGUAUCUUGGUAAUGUUGCUAGAAUAAAGGAACUGGUCUGA